GAAGAAGAAGGAACCCAUGUGACUCCUGCUGUCAAGUGAAUAAUAAACCAAGCGGUAGUUUGUAACAUGGACUGAAGGAUAAGGGUGAUUCUGUUUGAUCCAAUGUUGACAUUCAGGUGCAUUUUGAAACCAUCUGUGCAGUAUUUGUCCUGUUCAUCAGCUCUCACACAGAGGAUCCACCUGCAGAACAGCCCUUGUUUGUGCAGGAUGUCCACGUCCCCUCAUCCACUGGCUGCUGUUUGUCAGGUGACGGCCACUCCAGACGUAGAAGCCAACUUCUCCGCCUGUAAACAGUUAGUGGAAGAGGCCAGAGGGCGAGGGGCCGGCAUGGUGUUUCUACCUGAGGGCUUUGAUUACAUCGGAUCCAGCAGAGAGGAGACACUGUCCCUGUCCCAGGAUCUGGAAGGAGACACAGUCUCACGAUACAAAGAGCUGGCCAGGAGGUUAGAUGUGUGGUUGUCUCUUGGUGGAUUUCAUGAAAGAGGACAAAACUGGGAGAGUGACCGAAGAAUCUAUAACAGUCACAUCAUAAUAAAUAAUACAGGUGACAUCGUUUCAGUCUACAGAAAAGCCCAUUUGUUCGAUGUGGAACUGACAGAUAAAGGAGUGUCCCUCAAAGAAAGUGCCUUCACCAUUCCUGGACCGUCCCUUGUACCACCAGUCCAAACUCCCAUUGGCAAGGUCGGCUUGGGCAUUUGCUAUGAUCUUAGAUUCCCUGAAUUAUCGAUAGCUUUGCAGAGACAGGGUGCUGACAUCUUGACUUACCCAUCAGCCUUCACUGUCGCCACAGGAGCAGCUCACUGGGAGGUGUUACUGCGAGCACGGGCGAUUGAGACCCAGUGCUAUGUCUUAGCGGCGGCUCAGGUGGGUCGCCAUCAUGACAAGCGCUCGUCAUACGGCCAUGCUGUGGCGGUGGACCCCUGGGGGGAGGUGGUGGGCGACUGCGGAGGGGAGAACCCGGGCCUAGUGAUGGUGGAGAUCAACCUGGACAAAGUGAGCAGCACCAGGAGGAACAUGCCGGUCCAACAGCACCGCAGAGACACCGGCUUUUACCACAGUCUGGAGAAGACGUGAACCAGAGAAAAGACCCCGUUUGAACAUCUGAGUUUAUUAAAAAGACAAUAAAUGAACGAGUAGGUUUGUCCUUUAUCACUACAGACUAAUGAGGUCUGACUUUAAUGAAUCUGGAGGAUAAGCUUCUGUGGAUGAUUAUUUCAGAUCAGUUGAAACAAAGUUGGAGCAUGGUUUAGAAUCAGAAUACUUUAUUAAUCCUUUAAGCGCCAAAGUUGCAGUAUGGCAUCAAGCACCAUAACUGAAUGAAACAACAGCUUUUUGAAAUCUACAUAUCAAAGUUGAAUAUUAAAAGAAAAAAAAACAAAACUACAGCCCCAAGAGGGUUAAUCCCAGAGGGGAAUUACUGCGUAUUAUAGGUGCUACAUUCAAGUAAUUAUAAAAAAAGUAGCAGGAAAGAAAUUAUCAAUGCAAUUAGAAUUACACAAUUAGAACAGGAAUUUGUACAAUAUGUACUAGACAACUAUCAAUAUGAUAAAGAAAUAGACAAAAGUGUGCAAAGAUAUUGUAUUGUUAAAAAUUAUGUGGUUAUAAUGAGGAAUUAAACAGUCAAUUUAUUGGUU